GUGGCGAUGUGCGGUCAGUUCACUGAGCGAUAAGCAGAAGCGCAGAAGAAGAGUCUGAGCCCUGUCCUCAGCGGUGCGGCGCGCUGUGGUUGUUGUUGUCCGGCGCUGGUCAGAGAUGAUGGAUCAUAAGGAGAGCUGCACUGAAGAAGUGGAUGAUGAUGAGUCCAGCUCUUCUUCCCACCCAGACUCACCAGAGAUGGACCGUAAUCCAUCACCACCUCCUGAGGGAGCAGAGGAGAGCGUGGAAGAGGCUGAUGCCAUUGGAAGCACAGUGUAUAGCAAACACUGGCUCUUUAGCACUUUGACACGCUUAAUUGAGAUGGUGACAGAGCAGGUGUCAGAACAGGGAGAAGGCCUGGAGGAGCUGUCGGAGGAGCUUGAGGAUGAGCUGUGUAAAGUGUGGGACAUGGCCAUGGAUAAGGAUGUGGCCAGUUUUCUACAGGAGUUUAAAGCGCCAGACAUCCUUCUGGGUGUGAUAGCAAAGUCUCAUUGUCCACGCCUUACUGAAAUCUGUGUGGGAAUUCUGGGAAAUAUGUCCUGUUUCCAUGAUACUUGUGUGUCUCUGAGUCAGAAUGCUGACUUAUGUGCUGUGCUAAUUUUACUGCUGGGUGACAGUGAUCCUCCCACCCUUUUAGAGACCUGCAGGCUUCUGGUGACCUGUGUAUCUCAACCUGAUGUCGCCCCCAUGUGGAUGGAAAGAAUACAACAGCAGAGUGCCACAUGCAGCAACCUCUGUUUCAUAAUGCGCAGUUCUACUAAUGUUGAAUUACUGAUGAAAGUGGGGGAGCUAGUUGAUAAGCUGUUUGAUGAGGAUGAGGGGCUGAUGAAGAGCUGGCUGUCUGAGCUGCCCAGUGAGAGUGACCGGGACAAGGACACACACCAGGACAUCACGUCUUCCCUGCUGGAGGCUGCAAUACAGCUUAGGAAGGAGAGUCCAGAGGCUCUUGAAGUGUAUCUGCAUGCUCUUCAGCUUCUAACUACAGUACAUGAAGGAGUUCAGAGUCUUGUGUCUGAUGGAGGGUGUGGGGAGGCGCUGUGGAGGUUCCUUUGUGAAGUGGUGUGUGAGGAUCUGUGCCAACCAGGCGACCCUCCUCUUAUUCUUCAGGAGCAGAAGGCUCUCCUGGCUCCUGCAGUUGCCCUGCUGUCUGUUUUACACAACAGCCUUCAGACAGACAUAAGUUUGUCGUUGGUGUGUAGUCUUCUUCGCAUCUUGUACCUUCAUACUGAAAACCAGCAGUCACUGCCUAACGGAGAGCAGGGGUCAAGAGAUGGACAGAAGGAAGGAGUGAGGGAUGAGGAGGACAAAGAUGUACAACUCCAGGUUCUGGUUGAGAUGGCAGUGGAGCUCCUCUCCACUAUCCUCACCGAUCUGCCCAAAGACAUCAUUUCAGAGCUAGUGAAACAAGAUGACCUCACUGAGAAGAUUUGGAUGUCUGCUUUUAAGAACCUGCUGCCCCAGAACAUCACAGCUGCGCAGCGCCUAGUUUCUACGUUAUCUGAGGUGGAGCCGAAACUGGCAGACAUUCUAAAGAAGGAGUAUUCCAUCUCAUCAGAACCAGACCAGACCAGGCUAGAGUUGGCAUGAAAUGGAAUGGGCUAAAUCAUCCCAAGAGGAAAGUCUUCUUGGAAAGGAGCAACUCUUUCUAUUAGAUGCACCCUUGAGUCUCUGUCUCUUGUAUGGUGACAUGAAUGAAGUCCCACUGCAGAGCAGAAUUCUGCUCUCUGUUGUAUGUGUGAGGCUGUCUGGUGGGCUACCCCACGUUUUUGAUUCCCAGGCACUAAAAGGAUUACAUGAAACUAGUCUAUUUUAAUGUGAAUGUGUUCAUAUGAUCAUUUUUUUGAUAUUGUCAAGUUUUUUAAAUAAAUGUGAACUUUAUUAAA